AUGUCUUCCGCUCCGAUGGCCUCCUCGUCCAGUCGCCGCCCCUAUCACGGUUCCUGCCACUGUGGCAAAGUGCGGUACAUUGCAUUCGUUGCUCUACCGCCAGCCGUCGGCCUCGAUAUCAAUCGUCAAAACACCCUGCGUUUUUACAAGUGCAACUGCUCGACGUGCCACAAAACGGGCUUUUUCCAUAUGCGGCUGCCCAAUCCCGCGCAAGACUUUGUGCUCCUCUCCCCAACCGACCCUGACGCCUUGUCAAACUAUACCUGCUUUGAGGAAUACCUCAAUUGGUUCUUCUGCUCCACCUGCGGCGUUCGAUGCUUCACCGCUGCAACUGAUGGCAGGAGCGAGGAGAUUGAUCUGGAAGCCAAACUGGGUAAGCCAAGCGAGGGCAAAUUGACAAGGAUAUGGAGAAUGGGCGAAGAAAAAUGGCAACCUGGGAAAAAGGGCUAUCUCAGCAUCAACCUUCACACUAUUGACCAGGGCCAGGAUGGCCUCGAUCUAAGGGAAUUGGUCGACAAGAAAUGGGUUGAAUAUCUCGACUGUAAGGAAGAGACCAGUCCACUGCGGUAUGACUAUCCCCAAAACGGAGGAACAUGGUGA